UGAUGACGCAUCAAAGAGAGAAUCAUGACUGUCUGAUAAUACAAAGUCAACAGCAUCGUUAGCGUUAGUUUCCAGUUUCUGUGUGUACUACGUUUCCGGCGGAAUGUCUCUUAAUUGUACCCCCGCCCGGUAGCGGUAUGCUGGCGGUUGACGUAAGUCUCAGAGUCUUGCGUUGCAUUGAGAGGGUUUACCGGUUUAUCUCUUGGAAAAGAUAGCGAUGGUGGGCGAUGUGAAGUUUCGUGGGGAACGGUUAGGAUACGAUAGGUUUGCGUUUGUGAUUCUUCACGUCGUUCUCUACCAUUGAAACCACCUUGAAGUUCAGCGGCGCUUGACUCCAAUUCUUUUAAGCGGCCAUCAAUUGGUUUCGCUGCACUCUCUGCGAUUGCCUAUCAAAUCCAUUAUUAAGUAGCAGCGGAUGCACUGUGAACGCAAUUGCACCACUUACCAUAGUCUUGAGCGACGAGAGAUAAUGCCCCUUGGCUCCGAGGCCGUUGUCGAUAUUGCUACCCAGGAGCCAUCGGAAAGCUUGGGUCAUGGUGUUCAAGCUAAUUCGGCUCAUGAGCCCAAGGUAACUCGCUUGAGUGCUGUGUUUGGUAUCGACAACCUGCUUAGGAAGCAGCAGGUUUCCAGAGAUUACGUCCCACAUGCGUAAAUCUCCG